UGUUAAUAUUAUGUCAUUUCCAUGUGGCGAAUUUUUGUAUUCUAUGUACUUAAUACUUAUAUUGUAUUAAAUAAUAUUAUAAAAUAAUGAAAGCCCUAAUACAACGUGUUAUGAAUGCGAAAGUGACCGUGAAUGGAGAAGUUGUAAGCAGCAUAGGCCAAGGAGCUUGUAUAUUUAUAGGUAUUUGUAACAAUGACAAUGUUAAAGAUAUGGAAUACAUGGCUCGCAAAAUACUCAGUAUUAAGCUAUUUGACGAUGAAAACGACAAAAAGUGGAAAAAAAGUGUAGUUGACAGUGACUUUGAAAUUCUUUGUGUGAGCCAAUUCACAUUAUACAACACAUGGAAGGGCAAUAAACCUGAUUUCCACAAUGCAAUGCCAUCAGAAAAAUCCAAGGAAUUUUAUGAAAAUUUUAUUCAGUUACUAAAAGACAGUUAUAAACCUGAAAAAAAUUAAAGUAAUUUUUUUUUAGAUGGUGUAUUUGGUGCGUACAUGCAAGUAGCACUGAAAAAUGACGGACCAGUCACAUUAGAACUUGAGUCACCAGCACAGGUUGAAAAAGUGAAGAAAAGCAAAUCUCUUAUAACUGGCGAAAUGGAGAAUAAUGCAGACAGAUAAUUCAAUCAUUUGAACAGUUAAUAUAUUUAUUUAAGUAA